AUGAUAUUGGUGGCGCACGCCAACACUCCAACGAUGGACAAACUCGAACACCGGUUGCCGAAUAAAUUCACACAAAUCAAAUGUCAUAACAUUGACUCUGGAAACAUCGAGUCCAGAUGGUAUUUUGAUCCCCAUUUGUACUUUUGCAAUACCUCAUACUCCCUUCCACCGCCACCAGAAGACAUGAUGCUUGGUUCUAGAGGUGAGCUCACAAGGGAAUGGACCGGUAACAGAGUAUGA